AUGAAAAUUUCGCUGAAAAUUCUGAUUUUUCUUUGUUUUAUUGAUUUUCUUUAUAUUGAUGCAUGCUUGAGGACACAAACUACAACAACCACAACUACAACCACAACAACAACGACCACAACAACGACGACUACAGCGCCGACAGCUUGUGGCCAAUGCACUUUGACGAAUCCACCACUCACCAUUGAUACAGCAUCAACAGGGACAACUGCAUUUGCAAGCGAUGUUCUUGGAACAAAUGCGCAAGGUUGUGCGACAAGGACGCUCACUUGUACAUCAACUGCUCCAGGAGGCUUUCAAGCGACGAUUUCGUUUGACAUGGAUACACAUGGAACAGCCCUUGGUACUCCAACCGCCACCGCCACGAUUGUGUGCAAUGCAGCUGGAAAUGGAUGGGAUUUUACUGCAAAUGGGGCUACUGUUCAAAUUAUGGCUGUUGGAUGUUUUGGAGUGACUUGUGCGAACACGCCGAGCGCUUGUCCUGGGAAA